AGAGAAAGGUAAAAUGGGAAACGGAAGCACAUCAAAACGGCAAAGCAAACAAGACCAGAGGAUCUAGGGUUCCCUUGGAUCUCUCUGCGAUAUCAGUAUAUUGAUUUUACUCUCUUUAUCCCUCGUCGCCUAGAAUUUUCUAUUUCGAUCGUGUCUGAAUUUUGCACAUUUAGGGGUUUUCAAAAUGGGUAAGUCGAUUUUGUAAAGGUAUUUGAAACAGUUCAAAUCUAGCUUUAGGGUUUCGACUAUUGGGAAUAGAGUUAUAUGUUCAAAUCGAAACCUAUUUAUCGGUCCAUUGACACAUUAAACAGAAAUUAGAAAUUGGGGAAUCGAAGCAAGGGGAAAAGGGAGAGUUUUGAGAGUGCAUUUGUUGAUCUGUUAAUAUGCGGGGAUUGCAGAAAUCAAAAAGAGUUUCUUGGGCAUCAGAUGUUAAUCUUUGUCAGGUACGGCUGUUCCUGUCAGAGGAAUCUCCUUCGCAAGUUGGUCUUGGUGCACAAGAUCACCUCCAAGCAAAAGCAUCAUGGCUUUCGCAUCCAGCUGGCAUAGCUGCUGAUGAUAUUCUGCCUCCUGGCUUUGAGGGAGGCCAACCUGCCAACCAAUUGCAUAUUAAGUUGUCUGACAUUCCUGUAAUUAAAUGGAAAUGUCCUCCCAGGUUUGUUUUGGACUUGACCUGGCAAGUGGUUGCGGGAGAAGAAAGCAAAGAGGUGGAGGUUCAUAAUCAGAGAGAGAUGAGAGUGCUUGAAGCAGUUUAUCCUCGUCCAUCUGCCAUUCCUCCAAAUCCGGCUUUCAGUGCAGAACUAGAAGACUUAAGACUCAAUGAUCAUCAAGUUCCUCUGAUUCCAAUUACUCCCAUUGAAGAUGAAGAUGCAGUAGAUGCACCUUCUGAGUUUAGGGGACCGUAUAAUGCUCCUGUGAGCUCACAGUCCCAACUAUUGGCUUCUGGAAUUCUGCCACCUCAAUACAGUAUUCCUGCCAUUUCAAAUACUCCUGUUAAUGAGAAACCUGCUGCUGGAGCACUCCUUGGCGUUGAACCAGAUGUAAUAGCUGCUGCAUCUGCUGCCUUUGCUGCCAUUAAUAAAAGCAAUGAUCAAGGAAGUUUGAUAGACCGUGAUCUGCUCGUCAAAAUUCUCAACAACCCAAGAUUGAUUGAGAAGUUGGCUCAAGAUUAUGGAGCUGCCUCCAAUGUGCAGAACACACCAAAGCCAACCGCAUCUUUUGUCCCUUCACCAGAGAGCAAUAUACCUUCAUCUUUUACCACUACUUCAAGUGGACCCUUUUAUGCUCAGGCUAAUGGGGUCGGACUGGGAUAUAUUCCUAAUGCACCGGUUCCUCCAGCAGCAGUUCCAGCUUCAUCUGUACCUUGUGUUGGAGUUUCACAGGUGAAGGAUGUGAAUUACUAUAAGAACUUGAUCCAGCAACAUGGAGGAGAAAGACAAGAAACCCCUCAUCAAUACAGUAGCCGUUACAGUCAUCAAAUAGGAUCGAACCCAGAAUUAGUUAAUCCCAAAUCAAGGGAUGCAAAGCCUAAGAUUAUGAAGCCUUGUAUUUAUUUUAAUAGUUCAAGAGGAUGUCGUCAUGGAGCCAAUUGUGCAUACCAGCACGACACGUCAUCCCCGCAACGGAGCAGUAGCAUACCAGAGGUGCAAAAUGCUAAGAGAAUGAAGAUGGAUAGGGAAAUUAGCAGUUAGUUUUUGCUGCUUGAAUGUAGCCUUUUUUUUUUUUUUUUUUUUUAAUUAGAUCAAAAGGCAUAUUUGCAUCUCAGCAUUUUUAUUUAAUUCUCUGGCUUGGUUUUGCUACAAAUUAUUCCCUCUACUUUUGAACGUCAUUAAAUUAUAGGCAGAGAGAAGCCUUCAUAUUCCUAAUCAA